AUGCCGCCGUGGUGGCGGGCCCUGCUGGGCGGCCGGCGGCUGUGGAGACCCGCGCCCCUCGCCGCCCCGGAACCACCGCACACGGGGAGCUGGCAGCCGCCCUUCUCCACAACCUGCGCGAAGUGCUCAAAGAGGCGGCUCAGGCAAAAGAGAGUCCUGUCAGAAAGGAAACUGACACAGUGUUUUGUGGAUCAUCGGAAAGUGCGUGUGAUUGGAGGACAAGGAGGAGGAGGGGGUCAUUCUUUUCAUAGUGAACCUAGAAAACAUUUUGGAGGUCCUGAUGGUGGAAAUGGAGGUGAUGGAGGUCAUGUCAUUUUCAAAGCUGACCAACAAAUGAAAUCACUUUCUUCAAUCCUCCCCUUCUAUCGAGGUUUUCACGGACAGAGAGGAGGAAGCAAAAACUGUUAUGGAGCCAAUGGUGCAUACCUGUAUGUUAAAGUCCCUGUAGGUACAUUGGUUAAGGAUGAUGGGAAAAUUGUAGCUGACCUCACUCGACAUGGUGAAGAAUAUGUUGCUGCUUAUGGGGGAGCUGGAGGAAAAGGUAAUCGCUUUUUUCUUUCCAAUGACAACCGAGCUCCCACAUUAUUUACUCCAGGAGAGCCAGGUCAGGAAAGAGUCCUCCACUUGGAACUCAAGACAACAGCUCAUGCAGGAUUGGUGGGUUUUCCCAAUACUGGGAAAUCAUCACUUUUGAGAGCAAUUUCCAAUGCAAAGCCAGCAGUGGCUGCCUACCCGUUCACAACCUUAAAUCCCCAUGUUGGCAUCGUUCGCUAUCAAGAUUAUGAGCAAGUAGCAGUUGCCGAUAUUCCUGGCCUAAUAAGAGGUGCUCAUCAAAACAGGGGCCUUGGGAUGGCCUUCCUAAGGCAUAUUGAACGCUGUCGUUUUCUGUUAUAUGUGGUGGAUCUCUCUGUGUCUCAGCCAUGGAUUCAGCUACAAGACUUAAAAUAUGAACUGGAACAAUAUAAAAAAGGAUUGUCGAAGAGGCCUUGUGUUGUCAUUGGGAAUAAGAUUGACCUUGCCCAGUCCAGGAUUAAUUUACCACUCCUCAAAGAACAGAUAGGUGACCGGGUCAUUGCAUUGUCUGCGUUGACAGGAAACAACCUAGAGGAAUUGUUGUUGCAUUUGAGAGAACUGUAUGACAGUUAUGUGAAGACAGAACAAUCACGAGGGCAAAGCCCAGUCAAGUGGUAGGAACCAGAACUACAAUGAUCAAUUAUAGAGGGGAAAAACCAAUCAUAAUUUGAUGGAUUAGAUGACUUAUUUCUUUUAAGUGUGUGAGGCACAGUAUAUGGAUUUGCUCUGGACUGCUGUGUUGGAAAGCAGUUUGUGUUUGUUUUGUUUCCCUUUGAAGUCUCUGAGGCUUUUUGCAACAAAAUACGAAAUUUGUAAUCGUGAUGGAUGCUGAACUGGAAAUUGGCAACCUGGAUCCCCUGUGGCAUUAGACAAAUCUGUGGAAUGAAGAGAAUGCUGUCUGGUGUUACUGACUGAAAUUCAGGAUCUGCAGGCAAUGUUACCUUGCUUUUCUGAAUCGAAAGGAAGCAACUUCUCAAUUUUCAUUAAUUAAUUCUAAAAUAAAAAUAAACUAAUCCUG